AGGGCGCAAAACCACGUCGCCGAGGACUCCAGGCCUGCCACAUGGCAAUCCCCGGCAGUCUGGUACAGUCUCUUGGCUUAGCGAUGGCACUGGCACACUCUCGCCUCCUGUGACCGCCUAUCAGACUAGACUGGAACCACCAAUGAGGCGCAUGUCGCAGAGACUGACUUUGGCUCCGACCAGCAGUAACCAUGACAUAGGCCAGAUGUUGGCCUCCACCUCAAAAACCCAAGGGAAAACACCUCAGCGGCAUGAACUGCCAUUAGACCCCACUACAAAGGGAGCAAUUAAGGCAAUAGCAAAAGCUUCACCCGGAACAGAGACACCAGUUACAAAGCUGGACAUACACGAUCUCUGA